AAUAUGUUUGGAUUGAACGGUGUAAAUUCACCACACCUUAAGGUAGAUCCUGUCGGGUCAGGUUUUGUAAACUGCCAUAAUCCUUGGAACUUUCAAACGGGUAACAUUCUCAAAGUACAGAAGAAACAAUACAUUUCUUAGCUGUGAUAACCCAGAAAUUGUGCUACCAAAAUGAGACUUAAAGUUCAUGUGUAUAUUCUCACAACGCUGCUGAUCGUCCUAAUAUGGUGUUUCUCCAUCUACUGGUCAAAACUCCAAGAAGCUGCUGAACGGUUAUGUAAUGCACUUGAUGAAGUUAAUGAUUUUGUGACAGACUGUGACAAUCCAGGUCUUUUCAAGCCUCAUUUUGGUUGCUGUCCGCGUAAACACUGCCCUGUUGAACACUUUCCCUUCCACAUCCGCAGCGGCGUAGCCAAUGCGGUAGCUGCAAAGAUCUGCUUUAACAAUACAAUCAUCAUGGGUGGCAUUAAGAAUAAUGCAGGACAGGGGCUGAACGUCGUGCUUGCAAACGGUGAAAGUGGAAAGGUUUUAAGAAAUAAUAACUUUAAUCUGGCAUCUAAAGAUCACAAGGAAUUAAUUGUCUUUCUGAAGACACUAAAUCCAGGAAAUAUAGUGCUUGUGGCCUCAAACUUCGACUCCACACAAAAGUUGACUGAUGAGAUUAGAGAUAUAUUCACUACACUAGGCAGCACAAUGAUCAAAUCCCUGAAGCCCAGGGAUAGCUGGGUGUUCGCAGGAGCCUACGGAAUAAAGGAAGCAAGUCCUUUUGAAAAGCUAAUUCAAACUGAUAUGAGGAGCAACAUGUAUGAAGACUGGCCAGAGAUGGGGGAGAUCAUUGGCUGCUUUCCCAGGAUAUCUGAGACUGAAUAAGCCACAGUAGCCAACCUUUAACAUUGACAACACAGUAGCUUACUUUUUUUUUUUUUUUUUUUUUUGCUAUCUUCCCUUCUUAAGCAAAUAAAAUUGAAGGAAUAGUUUACUCUUGUAUACUUACUUGUACUCUUUUCCAAACACUGAAAACUAGCAUUGAAACCACUAUGAUAAUAUAACACACACACACACACACACACACACACACACACACACAAAAACAUUGGAAAAAUAGUACAGAUUAUUCUGUUCUCUUACAGAAUUCUUUCACACUGGUUCUUUUAUAUAAGGUAACACUGUUACUGUUGAUAUUAACAAUGAAGAGUGGUAAACGGGAAAGUGACAUCAGUUUAACACUGUCCCUUUUUUCACUCCCCCUCCUUGUGCUGGAUUGUAGUACCAGUUAGGACACUGUAUGCACUCCGGCUUGUAAAAUUGUGUGUGUGUGUGUUUGGGUUUGCUUGGAGGGAUGUACAUUCCCCCUCCUGCUUCUCCCCUUGUUCUGCAUGAAAAUAGCAGGUGGAAUCCCAGAGAAUUUGUUUCUGGAACAAUCCCGAGGCACUGAGCGCUCUGCACCUUUGGAAUCAUGGGAGUGACCCAUGGAAAGAAAGUAAGGAUAUUUUAAUCCACUUUGAAGAACCUGUACGUUAAGAGUGUAAGUCAUCCUCUAAAUCUAACAGGACUCAAAGUGUUACACAAAUGGAUGAUUGUAUAUAGACAUUGUUCAGAAAACAGAAUGUUUUAGGUUUAAAAUACUGAAAUUUAUGAUUUGUGAAUGAUUUUUAUUCAAGUUUGUUUGACUUCUAUUCAAAAGUUUGAGCAUGAGACAUUAUAAGGUAAAAUAUACUCAUGAGUUUUCAUGGCAUGUCUUUUAAUUUAAUUUGGUUUCAGUUCUAAGGAAUGUGUGAGAAAUCAACGUGCAUUAGCUAUUAUUAAUUUUUUUUUAUAGGCUAUUAUGUAUAUGUAUGUACUUUAUUGAAGUUAGCAUCGAAACAGCCUUCUUCUUCAAUGUCAGUUGUCUUAACCUGUACCUGUCAUGUCUUUUGCUUUAUUUCAGUGUAAAAAAAAGUUCAUAUUUACUAUAUCCUAUAUCAUUAAACCAGUUUGAACACUUU